AUGAACAACGGCCAAUUUCUCAAGCAGCGCAAAACGGAGUCAGAUGAUGCCAACAUCCACAACACCCACAACCAGGGCAUUCGGCACCGUAAACGGGACAACCAAGAGAGCGCGACGAAUGAACAGGCGAUUACAGCCAAGAAGUCUACCUCCUCGAGCGACACCGACGCAGAGUCCACGGAGGCCAAGAAGUCGAAGAAGUCGAAGAAGUCGAAGAAGAAGAAUAAGAAGAAUAAGAAGGGCAAGGAAAGCGAGAAGAAGCGAAAGCGGCGGGAGAAGAAGGCAAAGAAGGACCGCCGAGACGCCGAUGCCGACUCUGAGGACGAAUGCAAGACCAAGCGGAUCAAGAAGGAGAAUGACGAGCUUGGCAAGCUGUCCGGUCCUUUGGACGACGCCGAGAGUCUUUACAUGCCAGGGAUCGACGACCAUCGCAGCGAACUUCGAGAACGUGUUUCAUGGACGAGCUCAGAGCUCAGCCCAGGGCGAUCAGAAAGAACUCUUCAAGCGAGCUAA